AUACUAUAUGAUCUCCAAUCUCAUGGACCCCAUUCUUUAACAAUUACUUCUCAAAAAAAUUGGAUUUCAAUAAACUCUUGAAGACUAUAAAUACGCUAUUUUCCUUCAUAGAAACCACAAGUCAUUCGCAAGAUCAAAAGAUACAUACAGUUUUCUUGAAUUUGAGAGCUUUACUUUGUUCUUUGACACAUUUAAAAUGGGCUUUCGUUUACCUGCUGCUAUUAGACGGGCUUCAUUUAACAGUAGCCAAACACCAUCAAAAAUCGCAAAUGUACCAAAAUGGUAUCUUGCAGUGUACGUUGGAGAGGAAAUGAAGCGGUUUGUGAUCUCCAUGUCAUACUUGAACCAACCUUCAUUCCAAGAUUUGUUGAGUCAAGCAGAGGAAGAAUUCGGAUAUGAUCAUCCAAUGGGUGGCCUCACAAUGUCUUGCGCAGAAAAUGUUUUCUUGCAUAUUACUUUUCACUUCAAUGGGCUAUAAAUCUAAAACU